UUUUUCCCACGAGAGCCAUGUAAAAGCAGCCGUUGUUGUGUUACAAAAUUCAAUUCUGCCGUUGGAGACUUGCGUGGAAGUUGUCUGCUUCUGUCAGUUAGUCUCCAAAAGAUGUCUUCCCAAGAAGAUUCCUGCUCUAGGUGGGACUUCAACAGUUCCUUGUUACUUUCCGGACGACGGAAAAGCGCCUUCAUUCCAUAUAGACCCACAAAUACUGUACUAACGAACCUCCAGCGAGGAAAUACUGAGACAGAUGGCUCGGAGAUUUCGCUGAACUUCCACGAAAAAAGUGGUCAGGGUGAAAUCACCGAGGAAAUGGUGAAAGAACUCUCUUCUGUAGAUGUUCUAGAUCAAUUCCAAUUCACACCACUUCACUGGGCAUGCUACUAUGGCCAGUUAUCGUCAGUGAGGACACUGGUCCAAUGUGGAGCUGAUGUCAAUAAGCUCGCUCCAGACUACAUUUCGCCCCUUUUGCUAGCAUCAGCUGGAGGGCACAAUGAAAUUGUAAAGUACCUCCUGCAGCACAAGGCAGAUAUCAAUCAUACAGACGUUGUCGGAAAUACGGCACUAAUGUAUGCUUCUGCAGGAAAUCAUCCACACACCUGCAACGAAUUAAUUGCAUUCCAUCCAAAUCUCACGGAAUCCAAUGAGAAUGGGGACACUGCUUAUUCCCUGGCCAUCAAAAAUAAAUCUCAUUUAGCUCAAGCAGUUCUGGAAAAUCACAUAUUUUCAUACUUUCUCAAAUGAACAUGUUCUCUGGAAAUAUUGAAGAGAAAUAAUGGCUGUUAUGUAAUUGUAAUUAUCUGCAAAUAAGAAAUUUUAAAUUUCAA